AUGGCCGGAACGGAGACUCCGAACGUGAAGUCUGAAGGAGGGAAUGCGCCAGUUGAAAACAACAGCGAGAAUAUGCGUGAUCGGAACCAAGCCGGUGGAGGCAGCGGAGGCGGCGGAGGCGGCGGAGUCAGCGGCGGUGGAGGCGGCAGCGGCAGCGGCGGCGGCGGCGGCGGUCGAGGCGGUGGAGGUCGUGGCCGAAAAGGCGGUACUCGUUUUUCGGGUGGCCGUGGAGGCAGCGGCGGCCCUGGUGGCGGCGGCAGGAACGAUGGGAUGAAAAUGAGUGAUUCCAUGGAUGGAGGCCUAGAUAAUUCUGAAAGCAUGGGUGGCGGAAUGGGUGGUGGAAUGGGUGGCGGAAUGGGUGGCGGAAUGGGUGGCGGAAUGGGUGGUGGGAUGGGUGGUGGAAUGGGUGGCGGAAUGGGUGGCGGCAUGGGUGGCGGCAUGGGUAUGGGUAUGGGUAUGGGUCGCGGUGGUGCAAUGCGAGGAGGUGGAAGAGGAGGUCGUGGCGGCGGUGACAGAAACAUGGCCAAUAGAUCACAAGAUGAUCGAUUGAUGGAACGUGUCAUGGCUGUCAGUGGACCCACUCAUGAGCUUCCACCACAGGAUACUACGGAAAAGAAGUUUAGUGGCCGAAAUCGUUUGUACGUUGGAAAUUUGACAAACGAUGUGACCGAGGAAGAAAUACAGACCAUGUUCCAAAAAUAUGGAGAAAUAUCUGAGCUGUUUGUGAAUAAAGAAAAAAGUUUUGCUUUUCUCAGAUUGGAUUAUAAAGCAAAUGCUGAUACGGCUAAGCGCGAACUAGAUGGGUCAAUGCGUAAAGGUCGUGCGCUGAAGGUACGCUUUGCUCCUCAUUCAUCGACGAUAAAGGUAAAGAAUCUAACGCCUUGGACAUCCAAUGAACUCCUUGAAAGAGCCUUUAGUGUCUUUGGCGAAAUCGAGCGUGCAAUAGUUAAAGUUGACGACAGAGGCAAAACCACUGGCGAAGGAAUAGUUGAGUUUUGCCGGAAACCAUCUGCUCAGUUAGCCCUGAGAAAGUGCACAGAGGGUUGUUAUUUCAUUACAGCUUUGUAUUUCAGUUCCCUUCGACCAGUAGUUGUCGAGCCAUUUGAACAACAAGAUGAUGUGGACGGUUAUCCUGACAAGAGUUUACCACGCAAAAAUCCGGAGUUCUUCAAAGCGCGUGAGAUCGGGCCACGCUUUGCACAAUUAGGUAGUUUCGAACAUGAAUACGGUACAAGAUGGAAGCAAUUGCAUGAAUUAUACAAGCAGAAAGAAGAAGCACUCAAACGAGAAAUGGCAAUGGAAGAAGAGAAAUUGGAAGCUCAAAUGGAAUUCGCUCGAUAUGAACACGAGACGGAGCUUCUGAGAGAACAACUGCGCAUGCGUGAAGCGGAUCGCGAAAGACAGAAGAGAGAAUGGGAAAUGAAAGAGCGACAAGCAGAAGAGCAGAGAACUCGCGAAGAAGAAUUAAGACGGCGUCAACAAGAAGAAAUGGCGAUACGUAUCAGAAGACAGGAAGAGGAAUUGCAUAGGCGUCAACAGGAAAACAAUUUGUUCAUGCAGGAACAAGCAAUUCGCAGUGGUGGUGGUGGUGGUGGCGGCGGCAAAAGUUAUGAUUCUGUCAGUAGCAAUGAUCGUGAUGGAUAUGGUCAACCUGAUGGUGGAAGCGGCAUGCCAGUGGACCCAAAGUCAUUUAUGGAUGCAUACAAUAUGGAUCGCGGUAGUCGAGGGGGUUAUAAUGAUGAUCGUGGGCAAAUAAUGGAUUUAAUGGAUAUGAGGGUUGACAUGGGAAAUAUGGGUGGUGGUCGUGGAGGUAGCGGAGGUAGUGGACGUUGGCAAGGAAAUGACCGAAAUCGCCCGGAUGAUUAUCCCACCAAACGUCGACGAUAUUAAAUAUGCACAAUACAAAGUCUUACUUUCUUGAUUGACAUAAUCGUGCUAUGUCCUUCGUUUAUUCCUCACUUUUAUAUUACUUUACCCUUAUAGGUCAUGGUAGAAGAAGACAGGUAAAACAACUUGACGGAUAUACAGUAGCCGAUUUGAUUAUAGCUAAUCAGAAUUUGUCCUAAGAAUGCAAAAGGCAAUAGGGCAAAAUUAGAUUGGACAGAAUUGAAUGUAGGACAGACCUUGAUUUGCUGGCUAAUUGCUCUGACUUUCCUUUAUGUGCGGUUGUUUCAUCUGUACUCUUCUACUAUGCUUAUAUCUGCUAACGAGGAAAUGAGGAAGGAGUAGUGUUGAGAAAAUAUUUUCAAGUAUGAUGUUGGACAUCGAUGGCAUUAACAUGCUAAUUUGAGAUUCGAUUUGCGAAUAGACGAUGCGUGAGAAUUUGGGCUUAUAGUUUAAACAUAAUGUUUUGUAUACUUUGACGGAUUCUGUGUCCUCCAGAUGACAUUUCUUCUCGAGCAUGUAUUCCAAUUGAAUAUCAAUAAUGAUAUUGAUGUUAUUAAAGAAAUGACCCUUAUUAGUGUAAUAUGUGUCUUAGAAAUCUGCUUUAAAUUGCUGUUUCUAUAUUUAGAUUCAUGCAAAAUAUCAUUAAUUGAAAAGGAAUAUUUAGCACACCCGAUUAUUUGAUUGGACACAAUUUAUUCCGCAGUUUGACUUCCGGCAUGAAUCAUGGUUUAAAAAUUAUAAAUUUGAGUCUUACUUUAUAAUUAACCCUUAAACGCCAGCUACGGAAACGACACAUAUGUCGUACUCAACCCAAUUGGAUUGCUUAUAACUUUCAUAAAAAUGAACGUACUAAUUAAAAAUUUUUUUUUUAAUCGUAACGUCAGACUUUAAGGAACAUAACGUACCAAGUAAAUGUAUGUAUCUAUAUUAAUAAAAAAGUUAUAAGCAAUGAAAAAAGCAUUGGAAAAGCAUUGAAAAAAGAAAACUAGGUGUGUUACACCGAGAGGGGUUUUUAAGGGUUAAUAUGUGUAUUCUAUAUCUACGAUAUAUAAAUUUGGACGAAGAGUAUGGUCCAUAAGUAUUAGAUAAAAUUAUCAGUAAUUUAGAUUUUCAUAUUACAUUUGUAUCAUAAAUAUGAGAUGCAUACAUUUACUAUGAAGUAAGAUUUGAAGUUACAAUUUAUUUAAAGAUCUUGGGAAAUGUAAAUAAUAUAAAGAGACAU